AUGGCUGACAAACUGAAUUCGGAUGAGGCAACAAUUGAAAAGCCAACAUCAACAACAAGAUCGCCUGAAAAUCGUGAUGAUAAAUCCCGUCAUCGUAAACGACGUGAUCGAUCUCGAUCAUCAUCGGUGAAACGUCAUCGGCAUAAACGGUCCCGAUCCCGAUCAAGAUCUCGUCAUCAUCGGCAAAAACGCCAUCGGCAUACUCGAUCACGUUCACCUAGACGGAAACGAUCGAGAUCAAGAUCAAAAAGACGUUCACCGCGUCACCAUCCAAAUCCAAUUAAAAAUCGAAAUCCAUAUAAUGAAAUACGAGUAACUGAAGACGAUAAAAAACGAAUUCAUUUAGAAGCUUUACAAAAAUUAAAAGACAUGGCCGCAAAUGAAACACUCGAUUUAUCUCUAUUGACAAUUGAUGAUCUAAAAAAAACAGUGGAUGUACCAAAAGAACUACGAUCAAAUCAAGGUGCUACGAUUAUGUAUCAAAUGGAUGAAAUUAGAAAAUUAAUUGAGGAAUUAAGUGGUAUAUCGAUUCCAAAAAUUUACAAUACUGGUGCAAUUAAUCCACUUCAAUAUGCUCAACAGCAACGUAAACGUAAAUUACUUUGGUCAAAAACAAAUGAUAAAACAUCAACAAGUAAAGUUGGCGCAGCAAUAACCGAUGGACAAGAUGAAAAAACAGCUGAAAAAUUUCGAAAACUACUAGGUAUGAAACCGGGUGGCAAUGCAACUAACGAUACAACAGAAUCAGAUGCAAUUCAUCAACAGCAACAAGAUACGUUCGAUUCACUUGAUAAAGAAUAUCAAACAGCUCGAAUAACAACACAUUUACGACGCGGUGUUGGGCUCGGAUUUCUUUCUCAAGGAUCGUUCGUACCCUCGUCAGCGGACAAAAAUUAA